GCACACACACACUACUGGUUAGUUCAAAGUUGCGGUCAGUCACCCCCAGCUUGCGUGAAUAUUUGGUGUCGGUUCCACUCUUAUUCACGGAUUCACAGCGAAGAAAAACAGCUAAUUGCCAUGACGACUGAAUACCAUGACUACGUUGAAGAAGACACCAGUUCAUUCUGGACAAAAGACCCAGCCCACGUCCCUCGCUCAGGUGCGUCCGCGCUCAGGCGCCGCAUGUUUCCUGUUGUGACCGCAGUAGCCAUCUUGAUUCUGACUAUUACACUGGGAGCCAGCUACUCAAGGUUGUCAAGUCGUUUGUGGUCAGUAGAGAACAACGUUUCCAACGUCAGCCAAUCACUACACAGCAUCCAGCAGCUGGUCCAAGAGGGUGCAAGAGGCGUGGAGCGACUGAAGUUUGCCGUGGAGAACAACAAAGAAGAAAUCCUUUCAGCCUCGGAGGCUUUGAAGCAGCUCGCCACUCUGGACACCAUCAGUAGGACGUUGACAUCACUCAAAUGCUCCUUUGAACGCAUGAGCAACAACAGUACAGGUACUACAAGGGCAGGUUGCUGUCCUCUUGGCUGGCAGACAUUGGAGUCCACCUGUUACCACUUCAGUCGCACGCCGCUAUCAUGGUACGAAGCGAGAGACUGGUGCAACGGCCACGAAUCGCACUUGGCCAUCUUGCAGUCGGACUCCGAGUGGGACUUUGUCUCCAAGCACACGAUGGUCUUUUACUGGGUUGGACUGAGUGACGAGAGGACGGGAAAGUGGGAGUGGGUCAACAAUACGCCUUACGUCAUGAACCGAAGGCACUGGCGACCCGGUCAGCCUGACAGCUGGACCCAUCACGGCCUCGGACCCGGAGACGAGGACUGCGCUCACCUGCAUGUGGAUGGCCGGCUUAACGACCUACACUGCUCCACAAGGCUGAACUUCAUCUGUCAGAGACACAGCACUUGACCACGCCCUAUUAUGCAAGCAUCUUUUUAUACCCCCGACCAGGGCACUUGACAAUGCCCCUUUAAUCGCACAUCCAUACCUCCCUAACCUGCGCACUUGACCACGGCCCUUACUCCCGCGCACACCCUGACCUGGGCACAUAACCACACCCCUUUACGCAUGCGCCCCCUUAAAUUAUCCUUAACAUGCGCACUUGACCAUUCCUCACAAUAAAAAGACAAACAAUA